ACAUGUACGACGCAACCAAAACCAAACAAAAACCCGAAGACAGAGAGAUCGUUGGCGUGUGUUCUCCUGACUUGCCCCGAAACUUUGAGAUUCUAUUAUAAAAGAAAUGGCUGCUUCAAGUGCUGUAACCGCUGACUACGUUCUCAAGCCACCUCCAUACUCUCUGGAUGCUUUGGAGCCGCAUAUGAGCCGACAAACUCUGGAGUUUCACUGGGGAAAGCAUCACAGGGCUUACGUGGACAACCUCAAGAAACAGGUUCUUGGAUCCGAUCUUGAAGGCAAGACCUUAGACCACAUCAUCCUCAACACUUACAACAAUGGCGACCUACUCCCUGCUUUCAACAACGCUGCUCAGGCAUGGAACCACGAGUUCUUCUGGGAAUCAAUGAAACCAGGUGGUGGUGGAAAACCAUCAGGAGAGCUUCUUGCUCUGCUUGAAAGAGAUUUCACUUCUUAUGAGAAGUUUUAUGAUGAGUUCAAUGCUGCUGCUGCCACUCAAUUCGGAGCUGGCUGGGCCUGGCUUGCUUACGCAGAUAACAAACUCAAAGUAAUGAAAACUCCAAAUGCUGUGAAUCCCCUUGUGCUUGGUUCUUUUCCAUUGCUUACCAUUGACGUCUGGGAGCAUGCUUACUAUCUAGACUUUCAGAAUCGAAGACCGGAUUACAUAAAGACAUUCAUGAACAAUCUUGUGUCUUGGGAGGCUGUUAGUUCCAGACUUCACGCUGCCAAGGCUGCUUCUUCCUCUUCUGCUUAAGCAGGAAUCAACAGACAUUUUCGGACCACCUCUCUCUUUUUUUUUCAAAGACCACCUGUCUCGUUUUUGUAAUGCGUCAUCGACUUAUGCAUUACUGAAGUUUCUCAAUAAAAUAUUGGUCGUAUAAUAAGGACACAGCUCUCUCUUGUUGUAAUGUGUCAUUCAUCUAUUUCUUGUCUAUUAAAAUUUUAUUUAUCGUGUAAAUUUGUAAUGAAAACUACCAUGUUCUCCUAUUUGUGGGAUGUUUUUUUGUGUGUAUUAGUUUUCA